UCAUGCUGCUGCCAGGUCCAGAGUCUCUCAUGGGUCCCUGUACGGCCUCCCAUUGCUGCUGUCUCCAUCGCCACACUCUGCCAUGUGCCACUUUCAGGUCUCCUCACACUGCUGGUGGGUUCCAUUUUGUCAUAGGGUGCUGGCAGAUUACGGGCCUCCCAUUGCUGCUGCCAGGCCCGUAAUCUGCCAUGGGCCCCUGUACCGCCUCCUCAUGCUGCUGCCAGGUCCAGAGUGUCUCAUGGGUCCCUGUACGGCCUCCCAUUGCUGCUGUCUCCAUCGCCACACUCUGCCAUGUGCCACUUUCAGGUCUCCUCACACUGCUGGUGUGUUCCAUUUUGUC